AGUACGAUGCGCCUCCCGCUUCUUCCACGGUCUCCUCCCCUCGCCGCCGCCGCCGCCGCCGCCGCCAUGCCUCCUCGCCGCCGUCGCGUUGUCAAAGCGACGCCGCUCAAGCCGUCUUCUCCACAACUCUCCUCUACCCCGCCACCUACCCCGUCUGUAGAGGUACCCAAAACCGAACCCCCCGAUCACCACGAUCCCACUCCCUCCGCCCGUCGCCGCCUCCCCCUCGCUGCCGGGGCCGUUGAGGCGCAGGAAGAGUGGCAUCCGCUCCCGCUCUCCACGGCCGACCUUUCCCUCCCGCUCACCCUCCCCACCGGCCAGACCUUCCUUUGGCGCCGCACCUCCCUCUCCCCGCUCCGCUUCACCGGUGCCGUGGGGUCCCACCUCGUCUCCCUCUCCCACCUGCCCGACUCCGACGAUGGCCGCCUCGCAUUCCUCCUCCACAACGACGGCGGUUGCCCCGCCUCCUCGUUGCCCGCCGCCCGCGCCGCGCUCCUCGACUAUCUCAACGCGGCCGUCUCGCUCGCCGACCUCUGGCGGCAGUUCGCCGCCGCAGAUGAGCGCUUCGCUGAUGUCUCCGCGCGGCUCGGGGGCGGCGGCGCGCGGGUGCUUAGGCAGGACCCCGUCGAGUGCGUCUUCCAGUUUCUAUGCUCCUCCAACAACAACAUUGCCCGGAUCGAGAAGAUGGUGUGGACGCUGGCAGGCUACGGGGAGCGGCUCGGCGAGGUUGGUGGCUUCGUGUUCCACCGGUUCCCCACGAUCGAGCGGCUCGCGCGCGUGUCGGAGCAGGAACUUCGUGAGGCCGGGUUUGGGUACAGGGCAAAGUACAUUGUUGGCACUGCUAAAGAAUUGCAGGCCAAACCUAGUGGAGGUCAAAAAUGGCUUGCCUCACUGCGUGAGAAGGAACUUUCAGAUGUGAUUGAAGCUCUUUGCACUCUCCCAGGUGUUGGUCCAAAGGUCGCUGCCUGCAUUGCUCUGUUCUCCCUUGAUCAAAAUCAUGCUAUUCCUGUCGACACACAUGUUUGGAAGGUUGCUACACAGUAUCUAUUACCAGAGCUAGCUGGCAAGAGCUUGACCCCAAAACUUAGCGUUGUUGUUGCCGAUGCUUUUGUUACUAGAUUUGGAAGCUAUGCUGGUUGGGCACAAAACGUUCUCUUCAUUGGCCAGCUACCAACUCAAAAAGUUGUUGUGGCUCAAGUUACCAGUGACAAUGGUACCACAAAGCCUACCAAAAGGAAGCGCAGGGUGCAACCGGAACCAUGUUGAGGGAGCAUGGAUACCAGCGAUAGUGGGUUUGCCAUUCUUCUGUGUUAUUCUCGUUCAGUAAGAAUGUAAGAUGAUGUAAUAUGACCAUGACGAAUGAUCUUUUCUGCUGAACAGGCAUUAGGUUGCUCCUGAUCACACUAACAUAUUUGCUGUCAGCUUGUAACAUAUAGGAAUGCCUGACUCAUUACAUUAUGAGUUCUAUUUUCAUAUGUGGGCAUUGUGUUGUUUCUUCGUUAGCCUGCCCGUGCAUCUUCCACAAAAACAUCAGGAUGGAAGCGGGGGCACAUGUAACCGUGUUGUGUUGUUAUUUAAACAGCGAUGAGGGAUUCAGUUGAAAGUAUUGGGUC